AUGGACCUACCCUACCCAGAGAGGAUUGACCUACUCCUACCCAGAGAGGGUGGACCUUCCCCUACCCCUACCCAGAGCCGAUUGACCUACCCCUACCCAGAGAGGAUUGAUCUACCCCUACCCAGAGAGGAUGGACCUACCCCUACCCAGAGAGAAUGGACCUACCCCUACCCAGAGAGGGUGGACCUUCCCCUACCCCUACCCAGAGAGGAUGGACCUACCCCUACCCAGAGAGAAUGGACCUACCCCUACCCAGAGAGGAUGGGCCUACCCCUACCCAGAGAGGAUGGACCUACCCCUACCCAGAGAGGAUGGACCUACCCCUACCCCUACCCAGAGAGGAUGGACCUACCCCUACCCAGUGAGAAUGGACCUACCCCUACCCAGAGAGGAUGGGCCUAUCCCUACCCAGAGAGGAUGGACCUACCCCUACCCAGAGAGGAUUGA